AUGCACAACACACCAGACGCCACUAUGCCAGAAGAUCAUACUCGAACGCUCUUCCUCGUCCGUAAGAAGCGCAACUCCAAGCACGACGUCCCCUGCAGCCUCGACUGUCUCCUCUACCCCCGCGGGAAGCCCAGGCGCGCACCGAAGACCCUCUUCGGGCGCCUCCUCGCGCUUCUCGGCGUCGACCUGCAGACACCGGCGAGCAGCGGCGCCGGCGAGCGGUGGGUGCACAGGGGCGGGGCUGGAUACCAGCCUGGGCGGCACUGGGGGUGUCCGCGGCCCAACAUGUUCUUCGAGGGCUCGGGAGAGGUGGCAGCGGUGCCUGCUGGUGGGGCGGGGUGCUGA